AUGCUGCACAGACAGAGCUGGGUGCUGGUGCUGUCUGUGAGCAUCACCCUCAGCUUCAGCCUCUCUGUGCUGUGGAGGCUUCAGAGCCCCGAGGCCCCGGUGAUGGGGGCGGAGCGGUGCCGGGGGCUGGGGCAGAACUGGAGCGCGGGGACCCUCCCUGCCCGGCAGGACCAGGGCUGGAUCCUGAGUCAGCUGAAGCUGGUGCAAAGCUGCCCCUGGGUGCAUAAUGCCAGCGCCCUGGGGCAGUACAGGGAGCAGCUGGGGGGCUGCUGUAAUGCUUCAGCCGACCUGGUGCUGACCCACAACAACACCCGGUUGGGCUCCCAGAUCGUCUACGAUGGGCAGCCGGCCCAGAAGUAUCUGGUGAAGGAGGAGCUGCUGGAGAUUCUGCUGCAGGGCUCCCCAUUUCAGGCCGCCCCCUAUGAGUGCUGUGCUGUGGUGGGAGGUGGGGGGAUCCUUCGUGAGAGCGGCUGUGGCCCCGAGAUCGACCGUGCCCAGUUCAUCAUCAGGAUCAACCCCCCAUGGGGCUGGCCCCCCGAGGACUUCGCUAACGACGUGGGCACCAGAUCAAACGUCGUCACCAUGAACCCCAGUGUCCUGCGCGACCGGUUUGGGGGUCUGGGCCGCUGGCGCCGUCCCUUCGUGGAGGCGGUGGGUGCCUACGGGGCCGCGCUGCUCCUCGUCCCGGCCUUCAGCUUCCCCGGCAACAUUCAGGUCUCGUUCCAGGCCCUCUACACCCUGCAGGACUUCGACUCCCCGGCCCGCACCGUCUUCAUGAACCCCGAGUACCUGGCACGGCUGGACGGGCACUGGCAUCGCCGUGGCCUGCGCGCCAACCGCCUCUCCUCCGGCUUCAUGCUGGUGAACGCCGCCCUGGAGAUGUGCCGGCACCUCACCCUCUACGGCUUCUGGCCCUUCCCCAGCGACCCCGAGGGGCGGCCCCUGCCCCACCACUACUACGACAACCAGCCCCCCAAGCGGGGCGUUCACGCCAUGCCCGAGGAGUUCACCCGCUACCUGGGCAUGCACCUGCAGGGCGUGCUGCGGCUGCAUCUGGGGUGGUGCCGGUGA